AUGGCGCCCAACGAUGUGACAGAUAUCAACAUCGCCAUCCUCGGCGCAGGAAUGGGUGGUCUCGCCACAGCUCUGGCACUGGCAAAGAAAGGCUUCAAGAACAUAGACGUAUACGAGACCGCAUCCAAUCUGGGCUUCGUGGGAGCUGGCAUCCAGCUGGCACCUAACAUGGCCAGAAUUCUGGACAGACUUGGUGUUUGGGCCCACAUUGAGAGGGAUGCCGUGGAUCUCAAGGAGACCAGCAUCCGACAAGGGUCUACAGACAACCAGCUUGCACAUGUCGACUUGAAGUACAUCCGCUCGACUUAUACAUAUCCCCAUAUGGUCGGCCACAGAUCUUCGUUGGCAGGGUCGAUGUACGAAGGCUGUAAGAAUGAGAAAGCCAUCCGCUUUCACUUCAAGACAGCAGCUGGCCAAGUCAAGUCGUAUGGUCCUCAUCCAUCGUUCAUGGCCGUCCCGCGCGAAGGCGAACCAUACCAAGUCAAAUGUGACGUCCUGCUAGCCGCCGACGGCAUCAAGUCAACCGUCCGAGACCAGAUGCUUCGCCUGAAAAACAUCAACGCCAAGAUCAUCGAUACCGGUCAAGCAGCCUACCGAAUCAUGCUUACCCGGGAACAAAUGAAGGACGACCCCGAACUUCUCGAACUCAUCGACGGCGAGAUGGUCACACGCUGGAUCGGCGAGAAGCGUCACAUCAUCGCCUACCCUGUAUCGUCGAAGCAGAUCUACAACCUCAGCACGGUGCAGCCAGAUGUAAAUUUCGCAGCAGGACCUUCGGCAACAUACACCACAAAAGGUAGCAAACCGCAGAUGAUGGAAGUAUUCAGUGAUUUCUGCCCCAAGGUACGACGUAUGCUCGAUCUGGUACCGGAUGGCGAAGUCUGCGAAUGGAAGCUCCGCGUGCACGAGCCUCUCCCUACCUGGGUUCACGAUCAAAUUGCGCUCGUUGGCGACGCAUGCCACCCCACACUACCCCAUCUGGCCCAAGGCGCGGCACAAGCCAUCGAAGACGGUGCCGUUCUCAGCGUGGUGCUUUCAAAGCUUCCAAGCACUAGCCCCGAGGACAUCACCAAGGCGUUGAAGGUCUACGAGGAGGUUCGCAGGGAUCGUGCGUACCAGCUUGUCGAGCUUGCUGCAGCCAGUGGACGAGCGCUACAUCUUGGAGACGGGAAAGCGAAGGAAGAGAGAGACCAACAAUUCGCCGCGCUGAAAGAGGGCAAGGGUCCUGUGCCUGAUAAGUGGGCUGAUGCAGAUGUUCAGAAGAUCAUCUAUGGUACUGAUGUGAUGGCUGUGGCGGAUGAGAAGUUUGAAGAGAUAUAUGCUAAGUUGUAG